AUGCUCUCCACAGGAUGGAGUGACUUCGUCAACAAGAAGCAGCUAGUAGCCGGCGACGAAAUCGUGUUCCUGAGGUACAACGGCGAGCUGCGAGUUGGGGUUCGUCGUGGUCGUCCCAGGCAGCAGCACCAGGCAUCGAUUGUUAUAUCGAGCCAGAUCAUUUACUUGGGAGUUCUUAACCGUUCCGUUAAACCGGAAACCGUCUUUUAUGUCCAUUAUAAGCCUAGAACGACUCCAUUCCUCGUUGGGAUAAACGAGUAUCUGAAAGCCACUAGCCGUGCUUAUCAUAUCGGCAUGCGGUUCAAGAGUGCUGGUGAUGAUGGACUCACGGGCACCAUUGUUGGUAUUGGAGAUUAUUCACAAUACUGGCCAGGCUCGCAAUGGCGGUCGCUCAAGGUGCGAUGGGAUCAUUCGGAAGGAACAAUUCUGAAGCCAGCUGACAGCAGAGUCUCGCCAUGGGAGAUUGAGCCUUUAGCAGCUGAUCCAUCUCUGCAAAGUAGUGUUCUUUUUCAAACGAUAGUUAGGAAGAAAAGGUCGAGGCUUGACAUAGAUGUUCUAGCUUCUGCAGCUAGUAACUCCAUCCGGCGUCCUAGGUCGUCGAUUCAAUCUCUCCGGGAGGAAUCAACCUUAUUACCUCUGGGAUGUGGGUUUGAAGGCCAAAACAACAACCAUAAUAAUGGCCAUAAUAAUUUGGAAGGUUUCCUUCCUAAUUCAACACCUGGUUUCAACAGCAGCAACAAGGCUUCUUCAUCCACUGCUACUCCAUCAUCAGGAAUUUGGAACGAGCAAAUGGGUUCGCAGAGAGCUGACAAUCACCAUCCUAUGGGAUGUCGAAUCUUCGGAAUCGAGCUUGCUAGCGACAUUACUGCUAACACCAGCUCUGUUACUGGAAAGCAGCUAAUGAUCAUGGCUAGUAAUGAAUCAACUGUCAAGAAUCAGUGUAACCGUACAAAGGUGCAUAUGCAGGGGACUGCUUUCGGCCGAACCGUCGACUUAACUACCUUAAAUGGGUACGAGGAUCUGAUAACCAAACUGGAAGAGAUGUUCGGCAUCAGAGGAGAUCGGCUUUCUACUGCUGAAAAAUGGGUUGUUGUCUUCAUUGACGAUGAAGGUGACAUGAUGCUUGUUGGUGAUGAUCCAUGGCCGGAGUUCUGCAAGAUGGUGAAGAAGAUAGUGAUAUAUUCGAGUGAGGAGAUGAAGAAGAUGAAAGGAAGGUUCAGGCUUGUAAUGUCACCUUUGGAGGGGUGAAGGUGACCUUGCUAACUAAAGCCUAGACGCAGAGGAUUUCUUUUAAAUGUAUGGAAACAUGAGAGAACAGAACAAACAUCGGUUUCGGUUUUUCAUAAUAUGGUUUCGUGUUUUUUUAUUUUUAUGUUAAGCUCAUUUUAGGGGUAUGAUAUGACUCAGAAUUGAGGGGGGGGAGAAUGUUUUGUUUUAAAUUUUCAAGUUGGAACAAAUGCAAACUAUGAUAUUAAUUUGUG